AUGUCAUAUGCAUCUGCUGUUUGGAGCGCUGCUGUUUCCCAAUCUCAUAACCAUUGGCGUCUGAGAUCUGCACAACGGAUUGCCUUAUUACGACUUACCAGGUGCUAUUUCACUGUUUCAAAUGCAGUCCUCCCUGUGGUGGCUGGAAAGCUCCCCAUCCUCCAAUUUUUCCAAUUUAAUAGCAAACGUUUCUGUAUCUCUAGAGGCAGGAAUGUUGAUAUUAAUGGAACCAUAUUUAACGCCACCGUGUUUGAAUUAGACAGGUCUCUAUCUACACUCCCACAUCCUGCCUCUAGGAAGGGAGUCUCUCAUCGUUUUACCUCUACGGAGAUUGAAGCUUUUACAGAUGGAUCCAAGUCAACGGACAGCACAGCUAGUGCCUUUGUGAUCUUUCAUGCCGAUGAAGACGUUUACAAUGAAUUUUUUGCUCUACACCCGGAAUGCUCUGUCUUCCAAGCUGAGAUCUUCGCUGUAUUGAUGACAAACAACUGGUGCAACUCUAACGUUGUGAACAAACUGAUAAACAUAUUCACAGACAGUGCUGCGACUGUUGUUGCUUUGGGGUAUAAGGAUAAUACUCACCCUAUUGCGAACGACAUCUUCGCUGCAGCUUCUACGUCUUUUAACAAGUAUGCCAUCAAUUGGAUCAAAGGACACAGCGACAUUCCGGGUAAUGAACGAGCUGACUUUUUGACGCCAAACGUAACGACUAAUCCUUAUACUCCUCCUGCCUACAAUCUCAUUCCUAAGUUAAGACUUCAAUACCUUAUCUGUGACAAUGCUUUGAAAACCUGGCAACUGCAUUGGGACAAGAUCCCACAACAAAACAUAACAAAACGUUUUAUCUCAAAGGUCAAGGAACGCAUUCACAGCAAAUGA